AUGGGAAUGAUCAAUGCUGCUGGUGUUGAUCGUCAGAGUGAUACAGCAGACCGACCGCAAAAUCGGGCAAGAGUUGUGAUGGACAUAUCUGGAAAGCAGCAGGCUGCCGAGAUAGCGGAACUUCUAUACAGAAAGUAUCGGGAUAACUUCGAUGAUGAGUUGGCAAAGGCUAGAUCAAAGAGCGGAGACAAUGUUGGACCAAGAGGGUCUGCAUCCGUAGCAGCAGACGACGAUAAUGAAGCUAAAGCUCGCGAUGACUUCCGCCAGGACAUUUGGAUUACAAAAGCGCAAGAGCUGGGCAGGGCGUGGAAACAAAAACAGGAUGACCUGAAGUCCGCGCAACUACGUGCUGUCGAAUUGCUCCCGGAACUUGAGAGCAACCUAUCCAUACGGUCCAGUUACUUUAAUGUUACCGAGGAUGGGUUUGGAGAUCCGGAGAAUCACCAAGGCUGA